AACCAGCAAAGAAAUCUCAAAUCUCCCUCUGGUUUGGUUUGCGAAGAAAGGAACCAAAAGUGAAUCAGGAGAGAAACCAUGGAAGCUCAAGAAGGAACUCAGCAACCACAGCUUGUGCUAGCCCACAAACUAUUCCUCCUAACCCAUCCAGAUGUCGAGGACAUCGAGAAGGUCCGCCUCAGGGAGGAAGUCUUGUCAUUUGUUAAAGCCAAUGACAUGGCUCCUCUGUACGAAACUCUAGCUGCUAGUUCGAUUUUGGAGAUGGAUCAGGCAGUUUUGGAAUCCAUGCGCACAAAGAUUGAUGAAGAGCUCAAGAAGCUUGAUGAUAAAAUUGCUGAUGCUGAAGAGAAUUUAGGAGAAAGUGAAGUUCGUGAAGCUCAUUUAGCUAAAUCCUUGUUCUAUGUUCGAAUCAGUGACAAGGAAAAAGCAUUGGAGCAACUAAAACUGACAGAGAGCAAAACAGUAGCCAUAGGUCACAAGAUGGACAUAGUCUUCUACAGCCUGCAGAUGGGGUUUUUCUAUAUGGACUUUGAUCUCAUCUCCAAAAGCAUUGAUAAAGCUAAGAAUUUGUUUGAAGAGGGAGGAGAUUGGGAGAGGAAGAAUCGUCUUAAAGUAUAUGAAGGCUUGUAUUGCAUGGCUACUAGAAACUUUAAGAAGGCUGCAAAUCUAUUUCUGGAUUCCAUCUCAACGUUCACGACCUAUGAACUUUUUCCUUAUGAGACAUUCAUUUUCUAUACCGUCCUAACAAGCAUCAUAUCACUGGACAGAGUUUCUUUAAAACAAAAGGUAGUGGAUGCUCCAGAGAUAUUAACGGUGAUUGGGAAAGUCCCAUAUCUAUCGGAGUUUUUGAACUCUCUCUAUGGUUGUCAAUACAAGUCCUUCUUUUCAGCAUUUGCUGGGUUGACAGAGCAGAUAAAAUUAGACCGUUACCUGCAUCCACACUUCCGUUAUUACAUGAGGGAGGUGCGUACUGUUGUGUAUUCUCAGUUUUUGGAAUCAUACAAGAGUGUCACUAUGGAGGCAAUGGCCACAGCCUUUGGGGUAACUGUGGACUUUAUUGAUCUGGAGCUGUCCCGUUUUAUUGCGGUGGGGAAACUUCACUGCAAGAUUGACAAGGUUGCUGGGGUCCUUGAAACAAAUAGGCCGGAUGCAAAGAAUGCCCUAUAUCAGGCAACCAUUAAGCAAGGGGAUUUCUUAUUAAACAGGAUCCAGAAACUUUCUCGAGUGAUAGACCUGUGAACUUCUGCAGUUGACCGGGUCAAGAUGCGUGACCCUGGUCCUGGUGGGGCGGAAAAUGGGAUAAGCUAGCUGCAGGUCAGUAGUUGCCUUUGGAGUUGAGAAAAGUUACCAAUGGAUGAGAGAUGCCUCCCUGAUUCAUUGUUUGUGCCAUACCCGAUAUUUGAUAUUUGUAUGAUUAUCAAGGGAUGGGCCGGAUGGUUGUACCCAUUAAUCUAUGGAAUUCUCGAAUUAACAUUCUGCCUCU